AUGUCGUACGCAGACGUUGCUGCUAAGGGACCAAAGCAGAGCCCUGAAGAGCAGCGUCGUGCUCCCGCCCCACCUGAGAUCCAGCACACCGAUGACAGCGUUUCCUCGCUCGUAGAUGUUGACAGCCCACAUAUCUCCUCUGUUCCCUCGGACUACGAGUCACAAUCUAUCAAGACCGACACGCAGGCUGAGCGCAUGAAGCGUGAGGAGGAAGUGAAGCAGGAGGCCGAGAAAUUGAAGGAGACGGCUGAGAAGAAGAAGGAGGCUGCAAAGGACAAGAUCAAGAAGAACGCAGACAACCCGGUUGUGUUAAGCAAUGCUAUUGGUCUUGCUGUUGUUUCUGCUGUUCUAGGAGUUGGCGCGUACCGAAAGUACAGCCAGGGCCAGUUGACAGGCAAGCUCGUUGCUGCUUGGGCUGGUGUUAUCGGACUGUUCGGUGUUGGAGACUAUUUCGUCAGCCAAUACUUCUUCAAGCGCAACCCACCGAAAUAG